AUGGUGCCUUUCAAAGCUGCUCUGACGGAGCAUUUAGCCCUAAUGCAGCCCUCCAGGGAGCAGGUGCAGAGACUUAUAGCAGAACACCUUCCACACCUGACUCCCAGCAUAAGGCUAGAGGAGCCCUUGCUGCAGAUAAGCGUGGAUUCCUGGUUCAUUCGUGUUCUGCUUGGCAGUGAUCUGAUUCGUGUCAGUGCCCACAAUGCUACCACAGUUGCACCUUCUGUAGGAAUUACAAGACGAAUUAACUCAUCAAUGGCAGAACCAGUUAAAGAAGAGGCCAAAACUUCAAAUCCAACUUCUUCACUAACUUCUCUUUCUGUGUCACCAACAUUCAGCCGAAAUAUAACUCUGGGACCCGUCAAUUCUUCAGACUCUGACAAUGGGACCACAAGAACAGCAAGCACGAACUCUAUAGGCACUACAAUUUCAGCAAAUGGAACGUGGCUUCCAGAUAACCAGUUUGCGGAUGCCAGAACAGAACCCUGGGAGGGAAAUUCCAGCACCGCAGCAACCACUCCAGAAACCUUCCCUCCUUCGG